AUGUCUCGCGGCGGAAGGGGUGGCGCGCGCGGUGGCGGGCAGCGCAGCGCUCCCGGGACAGUUAUGAUCGCGGGCACAGAGAUGGCCUGGGACUUGACGGGCCUCGAGCUCCAGAAAGGGCCUGGCGACUUGUUUCCCAGCGCCCCACCAGCUCAGGCGCCUGCGCCCUCCGAAUAUGAGAAGACAACUCUGAAGCACUACAUCGCAAUCCGCGACCGUGUCCACAACGGCGACUUCUUCACGAUCCUGAACGAUGGCAUGAAGACGGGGCUUAAGCGCAAGGCCGGCGACAUCGCGCCCACCGACGAAUCACUUUUUGACCCCUUCGUUGGCAACGAAACAUACUCAGCCAGAUAUCACAAGCGCCAUCGGAAAGUUCCGAAGCUAGACAGUCGCCCGUUCGUUCACGAGCUAUUCCCGCCCGAACUGCGACAGUACCUCGACCGAGGCAGCAACAAGAAGAAGCGCGUCCUCGCCGUGACCACCAAAAUUAAUGAGAAAUCCUCGAUUCAGCAACAUAUCGAGCAGGAAGAGGGACGAACACGCGAAGCCGAGGCGCGCGCUGAAGAUGAAGACGAGGAGUUUGAUGAGGACGAGGCAGCCGAAGACGAGGAAGAAAAAGAGAAGGGUGAUGACGAGGACAACUGGUCCGCGGUUUCGAGCGACUCGGAGGAGGCAGACGACGACUACAACGCCGAGCAAUACUUUGACAACGGCGAAGACGACGACAUCGACGACGCGGAUCCGUAUGAGAACACGUACGAGUAG